UGCGGUGAACGAUACCAGGGCCAGACUCGUCGUACUCUUGCUUCGAGCACCACAGGUUUUGGAACGUGCUCAGCGACGACAGAAUCGAUCCACCGAUCCACACAGAGUACUUCCGCUCCGGAGGCGCAACGAUCUUCACCUUCAUGCUCGCGGGCGAAAGCGACGUCAGCUCUUUCUGCAUACGGUCGGCAAUACCCGGGAACAUCGUCGUUCCACCAGACAGCACAACGUUGCCGUACAGAUCCCGACGGAUGUCGAGAUCGCACUUGAAGAUCGAGUUGAAGCUAGGAUAGAGGUCAGAAACGAGCAGGGAUGCUGUCGAGACAAACAACACACGUCGUCUCGUGGAUUCCGGCAGCUUCAAGACCGAUAAGCGAAGGCUGGAACAGAGCCUCCGGAGCACGGAAUCGCUCAGGACCAAUCGUGAUCACCUGUCCGUCAGGGAGCUCGUAGCUCUUUUCCAGAGCAGAUGACUGCGCCGCAGUGUGCAGCUCCUGCUCAAAGUCGAGCGCAACGUAGCACAGCUUCUCCUUGAUGUCCCGCACAAUUUCACGCUCCGCAGUCGUCGUGAACGGGUAUCCGCGCUCAGUCAAGUUCUUGAUCAAAAAGUCGGUCAGAUCACGCCCAGCAAGAUCGAGACGCAGGAUCGCGUGCGGGAGCGAGAAUCCCUCGUAGAUCGGCACCGUGUGCGACACACCGUCACCAGAGUCGAGCACGAUACCGGUCGUCCGACCAGAUGCGUACAGCGACAACACAGCCUGGAUCGACACGUAGAACGCAGGCGCGUUGAAUGUCUCGAACAUGAUCUGCGUCAUCUUCUCCCUGUUCGCCUUGGGGUUCAGGGGUGCUUCGGUCAACAGCACAGGGUGCUCCUCCGGCGCGACACGCAGCUCGUUGUAGAAGGUGUGAUGCCAGAUCUUCUCCAUGUCGUCCCAGUUGGUCACAAUGCCGUGCUCGAUGGGGUACUUGAGCGUCAGGAUACCACGUUUGGACUGCGCCUCGUCACUGCGGAGCCCCAUUGCUCAGCGACAGCGACGCAUACGGCCGGGGAGAGACAGCUACGCACCCGACAUACGAGUCCUUCUGUCCCAUACCGACCAUGACGCCCUGGUGUCUGGGACGUCCGACGAUGGACCUGGGGGGCGGAUGACGGUCAUCAGGGCGGGUAUGCGCAUUUGAGAGAUAGGCACGACGCACGGGAACACGGCACGAGGGGCGUCAUCGCCUAGCACAAAGUCAGAGAUUCAGCCAAUUCUGUGCGCGGGCAGCAUACCGGCGACUGCGGGGAGAAUCAGAACUGCGCGAUAGUGAGUGACAACAACAGGAGGGACGUACAUCCAGCUUUGCACAUGCCGGAGCCGUUAUCGAUGACCUAGACCAGCUCAGGUGGGGAUCGAGGAGACGGCAGGAGGACGUACGAGAGCAGCGACUUCGUCUUCCAUUGUGUUGUAGAGUGUAGGGAGUGGGUGGAGGGAGCCAUCCCUCCUGCCACCAUGUCUCCCCAUUACGACUUCCUCAUCAAGCUUCUGCUCAUUGGGGACUCGGGAGUGGGCAAGUCUUGUUUGUUGCUGCGAUUCUGUGAUGACGCAUGGACGCCCUCCUUCAUUACCACCAUCGGUAUCGACUUCAAGAUUCGGACCAUCGAGCUCGAUGGGCGUCGAAUUAAGCUUCAGAUUUGGGACACAGCGGGUCAGGAACGGUUCCGCACAAUAACUACGGCAUAUUACCGUGGUGCCAUGGGUAUUCUUCUCGUCUACGACGUCACCGACGAGCGUUCGUUCAAUAACAUUCGCACUUGGCACACCAAUAUCGAGCAGCACGCGUCUGAGGGUGUGAAUAAGAUACUCAUUGGCAACAAGUCAGACUGGACGGACAAGAAGGCUGUCACUGAAGAGCAAGGGCGGGAACUUGCCAAUGAGCUGGGAAUCAAGUUCAUGGAGACUUCUGCGAAGGUGAACGAGGGUGUGGAAGAGGCGUUUUUCACACUCGCAAGGGACAUCAAAACGCGCUUGAUUGACUCCCAAGGCGGUGAUGCCGCUGCAGCCGGCACUCCCUCUAAGGAAGGUGUUCGUAUCGGCUCGCAGCCUGCAACUCAGCCCGCAGCUGGUUGUUGCUCAUAAUGCACCUUACUGUUCCGCCUCGUGCUGUUCCUUCUCACAGUAUAUGCUGUACAGUAUGCUGGGGUAGUACAGCGGUACCGUUACUACUUUGACCUGCCCUCUUCGCAAGAUAUCCAAUAUUUAUCUCUGUUCCUGUGUUCGUGUCUGGUCCUUUGCUUUCUGAUAUCGUCUCUGUACUUGACAAUGGAUUGGGUUCACG